CCCUCCAGGCGAUAUGAAAAAUAUCACGUCCUCCCAUUCCUGCAAACCAGUUAAAUUACAGGUUGCGAUGUGUGGACGCGCUCUCUCUCCCUCUCUCACACAUCACAGCAGUCAGAGUUAGUCGUCCCUCACUAUGUAGGUUACUUCCUCACUGGUUCGCAUGCAUCUCCGGGGCGCAAUGAAGCGAAGCUCAGCCAAGAAGGCGUAAUGCACGGAGAAGCGGGGGUGGGCGGGGGGUAAUCUCGCAUCCAAUCUGAUGUCUCGGCCGCUAAAGUCUCUCCGGUCUCUGGAGGGGUGGGCUACACAUGCUUAUUUUCCCAGACACUUUCCGUCCGUGGCGCGUCUCCGGCUUUGAACGCACUUGGGCUCCAGACACCGGUGGCUACUGACACACUCCCACACACACACACACACACACACACGCACACACACACACCCUCUCUCAUUCACACAGCUUUGCAAAUGCACAGCCCGGGACUGGACUGGCCGGAGGAAUACAGCAUCUGACUGGAAGCGCUGAUGCGUGAAGGAUGUAGAGCCGGAGGUGGGGGCAGGAUGGAGUGCUCCUGGAAGACGGUGCUGCUGCUGGUGUGCGCAUCUCUUGGGGUCCAGUACACGGCUAUCCGGACCCUGAGGGACUCGAUGUCUGGACCCUGUCAGAGAGCCUACCGCUGCAGGAGCAGAUACCACAGAGACUCCAGAUGGGCUGCCUUGUGCGAUGACAGCUGGAUGCCCGUCGAGUUGCCUCAGAAGCACAUACUGCUUUUUGCGACAACGCGCAGCGGCUCCUCGUUCACCGGACAGCUACUCAACCAGCAUCCCGGGAUCUUCUACGUCUUUGAGCCCCUUUACCACGUCCAGCAGGCCUUCACCAACUCCAGCAGCAGGUUGCGUCGAACUUUAGACCGCCGGGCCUUGCUUGGAGCAUACAGAGACCUCCUCUUAAACCUGUACACCUGUGACCUUCACUUCAUGGAGAACUACAUCCGCCCUGAGACCCAGGAUCACAUCACAAGCUCCUUUUUCCGACGGAGCUCAAGCCAUGCCCUCUGUUCUCCUCCAGUUUGUUUGGAAGGGGCGGUUGCUGCGAUGUCUGAUUCGCCUGAUGAAAUCUGGUGUCCUAAGAAGUGCGGGGCUCUGAACCUCACUCUAGCCGCCAUGUCAUGUUUGUCAAGAGGACAUGUAGCCAUAAAAACCGUGAGGAUCCCUGAGGUGGGAGACCUGCGGACUCUGACGGAGGAUCCGCGUCUGGACCUGAAGAUCAUCCAUCUGGUGAGAGACCCCAGAGCCAUCCUCGCUUCCCGCAUCAUGGCGUUCUCUGACCAGUUUCGCGCCUGGAAAAUAUGGAACGCCACUGGACGCCAGCCUCGAUACGUGGACCUCUCGCAGAUCACCAGCACCUGUAAGGACAUGGCUGCCUCUGCAGAAACGGGCCUGCAGAGACCAGCGUGGCUGCGAGGGCGAUACAUGCUGGUGCGGUACGAGGACUUGGCUCUUCACCCAAAUGCCGGGGCGGCUGAAAUUUACAGGUUCGUGGGUCUGGAGAUGGAGGACAGGGUGAGGAUGUGGAUAUUGAAAAACACCAACAGCAAUGUGUCGGCUCCCUCUGAGUGGAAUUACAAAUACUCCACCACGAGAGACUCCAGAGCCACGGCAGAAAGUUGGAGGCUUCGUCUCAGCUUUGACAUUGUGAGAGCUAUUCAGGAUCUUUGUAGCGACACGUUGGCUCUGCUCGGAUACAAGCAGGUUCAUUCUGCUGCCGAACUCAGAAACUUGUCACAAAGUUUAGUGGAGCACAGAACGUUUCAGCCUGUCACAUGAUGAUGCAAGAAAUCUGCUUAUUUAGAAAACGUCUCUAUGCUCAGAUUUUGGUCUGUCAAGACGCGGAUAAAAUGAAUGUAACUUAUUUGAAUCCUGACUGAUGCCUGAAAUAUUUUGCUAUAGUUGGUAAGUCUUUGUUAAAUAUGUCAAAAGUGCCAUUUUUUUUUUUUACAUGAAGAAAACUGGGAAACACAAGGAUGCACUAUUGGUGCUACUACUUCUGCUGUUUACCUAUACCUAUAACUCUUAGGCAUUGACCAGGGGAUUCAGUCAAGACUUUUUAAAAUAAUUAGCGUCUCUCAAGAUGCAUCCCCAGAAAACUCUUGUUUUUGCUUAGCCAAUGUUUAAAAAAAUUACAGCCUUUGUAUUUAAGCCAAGUUUAUAGUUUUUAUUAAUUUAACAACCCAAAAGUUUCUUCUUCUACAAUUCAGCUCAAAAUGAUUUAUACCUUUAUCAAAUUUAGAUUUAAGGUAAUUUUUUUUAUCCAUAUGUUUCUUCAGACUAAAAGUAACAUCAACAUGUUGUAGUCUAACAUUAAGUCAAAAAUCUAAUGGGGAAUAAUUUUCCAUUUGGCAAAAGAUAAAUGGUCCAACUUUGUCAGCAUAAGAAGGAGUAUAUCGGUAAACUGCCAAUAAAUCUGUCUAAUUGAUAAUUGAGGAUGCAGACAGUUUUUGCCAUGUCAGUGUUGUUUUUUUCUUUUUGUUUACUCCUCUUAUAUAAUAUUUUUGUCAGUCAGGAGAUACCUGUGUUAAUGCUGAUCCACAACAAGCUUUUUAAUUGAAUGACUAAAUGGUUAUGAAUAAUUUAGGCUUAGCAGAAAGUGUUUCUCUCUUUUAAAAUACAUAAAACAUCAGCGACUGUACUGGCUGCUGCAGUUUCUCGUCCAUCUUUGACAUAUAACCAGCUCUGCACUGCGCAAAGCGGAGAACAGCUUAAACUCUGCUCAUCAAAUUUUAAGACAUUUGACUUUUAUUUAACUUUUAUUAAUCACAAUAACAACUUAUAUUAUAGUUUUCUCAGUCGACUUUUAGCACACCAAAAUAUUAAACAGAAUGGACAUGCUAGUGCUAGGCUAGUCUAGCACUCAAGCUAACCGCUCUAUUUGAAAACACCAUUAACAGGAACAAGAAAAGCUCGUGUGUUUUGAUCCAUACUUAUUUUUAAAAACAAAUGUUUAAUCUACAUGUUUACUUUUCUAGAACUAUUGAGAAAAUAAUACAUUUGCUUUCUUAAGCUAACUAUGUGCUCAAGGAGGGUCUUAAAGCAUCCAGCAGAAUAUCCACUUGGGACAAAAUAUCCCUGUCAAGAAACAUUAGGCUACACUGUCCUUCACAUCAUUUGUAGGUGAGUUAAUAUUGAUGGUACAAAAUUUUAUUUUAUGCAUGCACAUUGCAUCAGUUGUAAUGUGGUUAUAGACUCAGUAACAGAAUCUGGCAUGACUCAGACCAGAGUUAGGGAUAAAUAAUCCAGAUGAGGACAGUAAAAAACACUGUUCUGAUCUUAAUAUUGACUAGGUCGUUAUUGAGACCUCAGAUCUUCAAGAACAUCAUGUGAAAGAGUAAGGUCAACAACAAAGUGAAAACAGGAAUAAAACGUAUUAUUUUAUGCUAGGCAUUUUUCCAGGAUGGAAAUAGGUGUAGAUCACAAACAACGAGGGCGUGGGGAUGCAGCAUCAGUGCAAUUUUGCAUUUGCAGAAAAGUUUAGGGAUGCAAUGUUUCUUAUUUUCAAACCCAAGCUUUAAAAUAUUCUUAAAUGUAGGAGAUGAUCUGAUCUGUAUCUCCUUAGUCAUUAGUCCAACUAGCUUUCUGUCAAGGUGGCUCAUUGUUUGCUCACCAUUAUGUUGAGAGUCCAUCUGUUCUGCAAACCAACUUAAAGGAACAGGGAGUAAUAGCAAUGGCUUCCUCUAAAACAGAGGCUAAUUAUUCAACAACAACAAAAAACCCUGCAAACCUUUUGAACAUUUUAGACAAAGGAGAUAUGUUGUAAAAACCCAAGUGAUCUGUGACAUUUCCUUUGGAAACCUUGCAGACAUUUUACAGCUAGCUCCCAAUUUAAACAUCUAGUUGGCCAGGAGAAGCAAAUGUUCAAAUGCAAAUCCUCCAGAGCAAAAGGUUAUGAAGGCUGGUGAAUGCAGUUCCUUCCUCCUCUUUUCUGUAGAGCUGUAUGUUCCCGUCAUUCAAUAUUUUAGAUGCUUUCAGAUAACUGCAGUAUCAUCUUCAGCAGAACGAGGAGCGUCAUCUCCCAUUGCAGUGUGUUGAAAAUAAAACACAGCAAUUUCCACACCGUAUUUUCUGCAUUAUGUCUCCCCUCCUGUGAGCUGAAGUCAGUUGCUCUCCCUCAUCCCUUCACCUUCAUUUCCAGCUAUAUGAAAUGCCUCCGCAGCACAUAAAACAUCCCCCGUCGUGAGGUAUGUGUAAACACCAUCUGCAAAAGAAACUCAGCCUGAACCUAUCCACACAUUUUUUUUUGUAACCAUCUCCAGUGUUUUUGUGCAAUCACAGGCUUUGUCUGACGAAUUUUUGAAAAAUUACAGAAAUGGCGAAAAGGUCAGAAUAUGUUUGUUUUUGCAAGGUGAAAACGUUCUGUCCCCGAGAAGGGGGAUGUACGGUCUCAGAGCUGCCCGACUUUAGGUUUCUAUUGAGAGCUUGUGAAUAAAUCUGUUUUGUCUUCACUAUCAAAAAUAAACUCAACUUUCUUUAGGGCUGUAAGAGCGCCAAGGUUAUGUGCUGGACAUGUUUACACAUUGUGUACUAGUAUUUAUUUGAGAGUUUUGAUUAAAUAACUGCAACUUA